CACUUACUUUCGGCGUCAUCUUUUCGGUAUUACACCCAUACGUACCGGCACCUAUCCCAUAAUAGUUGGCUUUAUGAUCUACUCACUACCGGUACGGUAACGUCAUUGUUUUAAAGUUAUAUUCAACAGCAACAUGGACAUUAGUCAUUGAACAAUGACAAGGUAGAGAACAACAAUUCUGGUGGAAUAAACAAAAACACGAAAUCCCAGCUCAUCCCACGGCAGCAACGAUGAUUACCAGUUGGGCGAAGAACCAACUGCGCAGCAAGCAGCCCAAAGCACAGUUGUCUAUAGCCCGGUGGAUGGUCCUUUUCGUCGGAAUUUCCGUCGGUCUGGUGUGCCUUUCCUUCUUUGUUUCCGUGUGGUCGCUCUCCACCUUGGCGGAUUGCGGCGAGAAUGCCCUGUCAUCGGUGCUGGCCAGCAGCAAGGUUUCGCUCGGCCGAGCCUGGCGGGAGCGCCCUAGAGCGCGGCGCACCCUCGGGGACAGCAAUGACAGUAAUAACAUUCCCUACUCGGUCUUGCACACCGUCACUACGCGCUUCAUGGUGGGACAGGCGACCGGCGAUCCGCUCAGGAGCUUUUCCGCCACGGCGAAGGCCAGGGCCAAAAAGAAGAUGCCUCACCUUUUGCAGAAAACGAGCCAGUACCAUCUGACCAAGGCCCGUGCCAUGCUGUUCGAAACCUUUUGCUGGCCGACGAUGAAGUUCCAGACAUGGCAGAACUUUUUUUGGAUUGUUCUAGUGGAUCCGGGCCUKGACGCGAACAUAAUUGCCGAAUUAAAAACCAUGCUGGGCCGGGAGCAUUUUCCGGCGGAAAAUGCCUUUUUAGUUCUGACCAACAACACCGACUGGGCCUCGGACGGGGUUGGCGUCGAAAACUCCACCUCUUAUGGGGUUGGGUUGCAGCCCAUCGCCGAGGCAUUCCAAGACGGUGGCCUAGAGAUCGUGACGGGUAACACAGACCAUCUGCUGCGCGCCCUCGACAUGAUGGACGGAACACGCAGAGUUGGGUGGGAACAAGACAAGCCAAUCAUGCUCAUCGAGACCCUCUUGGAUGCGGACGACGGACUCAACAACCAUGCCGUGGAAUGGAUCCAAAACACAGCCGUGGCGAAAACCAAGGAACACUGGACCCAAAAGCGGGAGCAGCUCGCCGGUGGUGUCAAUCGCACAGCAGCGCUGGCGGUUCGUCCCACUCUGAAUUCGACAUGGUGGCUGCUGUGUGGGAUGGACCACAUCGAAUGGCACAACCGCGACAUCUACCGGCUCACCGACGAGCAGUUUUCCUCGUCGGGCCUUACCAGCGGCCUUGUGGGGCUCCGCCAGAGCCCGCUGUUUUGCACCUCGGCCGGAUUCACGCGAAUCGGGAUCACGAGUGUCAUCAGCGGCGACAGCCGCAGCGGCAGCCAGCCGCGGCGUUCCUAUUCGCAUGCGGUAUUUCCGAAGGAGGCCUACAGCAACCACGCCCUGGCCUUUUACUUUCCCCCCUGCACGCCGCCCAUGGCGUCGGCCACCCUCAGUGGGAACUAUUCGGGAUGCUGGCACCGUGAGUUUCCGGAGCGCAUGUUCGUGCUCAAGUCGCGGACCAUCACCUCCGACAGCAUGGAUCACAUGAAUCCACGAAAAUCGGACGACUACCGCGACGUUUCCUGGCUGAACGAGACCGCCUACCCGCUCCUGACCAACAGGGUCGAAGAGAUGUGGAAGAUUCUCGGAAGGGACUUCUCCAUCGACCGGACGAGUGCCUGGGAAACCAGCAUGUACCUGUACGAGAACCGGAGGCUGAUCGUGAGAGAGAACAAAAACUCGAGGUGUUCACCCGGUUUUCCGUGCUACAACGAAGCCAAGAAGAACAUUUUCCGGCUGGAAAAGUACUGGAAGCACGGGAACACCUGGCCCUCCAGGCGCGAGGUGAGAACCGCAGAGGACGUGAAAAACGAACUAGCCGCGGUCACAGCUGCAGCGGCACACGAAACCGGAGAGGUAAGGCCGGAUCCAAAUCCAGAAAGAGCCGCAAAACCCAAACCCGAAAUAUACACGUCACUGAGCGUAGCAAAUCCAAAGCCAGCGGCAGAGACCAAACGAAAGAGCAAAUCGGCGAAGAAAAAAGUUGUGCGAUUGCAAAAAUAAAUAAGAAUACGUUUUCACAUCAUAACUCAAUGCUAUUAUCUUUUAC